AAAGACAAAAUGGUGGACUACAGUAAAUGGGAUCAUAUUGAGGUGUCAGAUGAUGAGGAUGACACUCACCCUAACAUUGAUACUCCAAGUCUUUUCCGAUGGAGACACGAUGCACGUCUUCAAAGGAUGGAACAACAGGAAAAAGAGAAAAAAGAACUUAUAAAACAGGCAACAGUUCAUAAAAGGACUCUUGAAGAAACGAGACAGAAACUUGAAGAGUUGACAACAUCUGGUGCACCGCAAGAGGAAUUGAAGAAAACCAAAAAAGAAUUAGAUGAAUUGCAACGACAGGAAGAUGAGUAUAGGAAGAAAGAAGAAGAACUGGCAAAGAAAGAAAGGUUAACACCAUGGAAUGUUGACACCCUGAGUCAUGAUGCUUGGCAGAAGACGAUAAUAAAUCCCUAUCAAAAAAAAGAAGAAGACAUGACAGAAGAAGAACUUGACCAAAAACAUAAAUCUUUCAUGGAAGUCAAUGAAGCACACAUCAAGAAAUUUGGUAUGAUGAGACGAUGGGACGACAGUAUGACAUUUUUAUUGGAGCAUCCUAUCUUAGCUUGUGAAGAGACAGCAAAUUAUCUGGCUAUUUGGUGUAUAGACUUAGAAGUUGAAGAGAAACACGGACUAAUGGCCCAAGUUGCUCAUCAAACAAUUGUCAUGCAGUACAUACUGGAACUGGCAAAAACUAUGAAGGAAGAUCCAAGGGCUUGUAUUAGACCAUUCUUUACAAAGAUUAAAAAAGCUGAUAAAGUCUAUCAAGACUGUUUCAACGAUGAACUUGAAUCAUUUAAAGAACGAGUUAAGGGCCGUGCGAAGGCAAGAUAUGAUGCAGCACUUAAAAAAGCAGAAGAGGAAUUAGCCAAAGAACGUGAAGCUCGACUCGGACCCGGAGGACUAGACCCUGUUGAGGUGUUUGAAAGUUUACCUGAAUGCUUACAGAAAUGUUUUGAAUCCAAAGAUAUUGAGUUGUUACAGAAGACCCUACAAGAGAUGGAAGUCAAAGAGGCACAGUACCAUAUGAAGCGUUGUGUGGACUCUGGUAUGUGGGUACCAGAUGCUACGACUGCACAUUUACUAGAUGAUACCGCAACGGAAGAACCAGUCUAUGAAACUCCGGAUAAAUAGUAACCUUGAUGAUGCUUUUUUUUUUACGUAACAUAGUUAGUUUCUAUUGAUAUUAGUGUAGCAUUAUUGUUUUAUCAUCUGAAGGGGCUCAGUGCGACAGGCUUUUUAGCAAGCGACUUGUCUCUGGGAUAGGUAAUACAUUAAAUUAGACAGACAUUUCAUGUAAUUUACAAAUUAGUGGUAAAUAUUCAUACAAAAUAUAAACCACAAGUCUAUGGAACAGCUUUUCCAAAUGCGUCUUUCAUUUCAGUAUCGUUUUUAGACGGUUACGUUUCAUUUUCUCUGGUUAUAAUCUGGUCAGGUGGUCGAAAAUUAUAUACAUGCUGUACAUACCAACUGUUAUUGUUUCACAAUUUGUAUGAUUUUUUGAUUCAAAAGCCACCAGAACUUAUGUCCAUUGAACUGGUUUUCUUGACUCGUACAAAUUUAUAAUAGCAUACUGUUGUAUGUCACCUUGAAAGCACAAAUAAGUGGAUGUGAUUGAUUUGUUGAAAAAUAAAAUAAUAUUGUACAUAGUAGCAGA